AUGCCGCUGUGGCGCGUGGUCGGGGGGCGGGGGAGUGGCGGCCUCCUUGCCAGAGAGGGUCAAGCUCUGACUUCCUCCACCCUAACGCCUCGGCUUGGCACCGGCGCAGUCGUGCGCGAGGUGGCACUGGUCGGAGAUCGCCUGCAUUUCGAGCUUCAGGAGGGUGAGGGUCCGACGAAGGGCUGGGCGAGCCUACACCUGAAGGGCAAGCCGCUGUUCGAAAGGCUUGAGUUCGAAGACAAUUCGGGUCUCGCGGCAGUUCGCAGAGAGGCAGAUGAGUUCACAUCAGCCGAGGAGUGGCCGCAACUUGGCUGCAGCCGCCUCCUCGCCUGGAGCGACCUCCACGUGGACAUGGGUGAGAACCAGAGGUUCCUGGAGGGCGUCGCAGGAGAUUCCGAGGCUGCCGUCAUCCUCUGCGGGGACCUCUGCACGAAUCUGGAGCUGCUGAGAUCCACCAUGGAGCUUUGCGUUUCGCGUUUCCGGGCCGUCUUCUACGUUCCCGGCAACCACGAGCUCUGGGUGGCGCGCGACCCAUCGCAGCAGUCCACAUCCUUGACGAAGUUCCUGGAGAUUCUCCGUUUGUGUGCCGAGUGCGGAGUCCACACCAAGCCUGCUUUCAUCGCACCAGGGGUAGCGGUGUGCCCGCUCUUCUCCUGGUACCAAGGUGAUUUUUCCGGUGCAAUGGUGCCGCAUGGAGGUUUCGACUCCGCCACUUUCUGGCCAGAGCUGGGGAGUGAUCCCCACAAUCCGCAGGAUCCUCGAAUUGCCGAGUUCUUUCGUGGCCUGAACGACGCUCGAGUGCGGCAAGCUGCGAAAUUGCGCGAGACAGGAGAGAUCAAGACUCUCUGGACUUUUUCCCAUUUUCUACCACGCAAAGAGCUGAACAUGUCCGGCGAGCACCCGGUGAUGCUUCCAGGCGUGGCAGGGGACUCUGCGUUGGACGCGCAGCUGCGAGCUGCGGGGGCCGCAGGUCAUGUCUACGGCCACUCCCACAUCGGCCAGGACCGUGUCUACGAAGGUGUGCGUUACGUCCAGCAGCCCCUGGGCUAUCCGACAGACGGGCAUCGCGAGGAGAAGCCCCUGCGCCUCUUUGAUGGCGCCGACGCUGCGUCUGCGCCUGCAGCCGCGCCGUGUGUCAGCCUGGAGAGGGCCCAGUUGUCUGCCGAUCGCCUCCGGGGCGCUCUCUUCGGGGCGCUCUGUGGCGAUGCGUUGGCGAUGCCUGUCUGCUGGUACUAUGGUGGGGCACGGCAGAUCAAGCGCGAUUACGGUGGACCACUCACAGGCUAUGUCCAGCCGAAAGAGCAGCUGAUAGGGAGCUUCAUGAUGAACGAGGUCUUGCCGAAGGCCAUCGAUCACGGCCGCUCAAGCUAUUAUCGGCCAGUCAGCGACAAGUCGCCGUCCAUCGGCUACCACUACCACCGCGGGUUGCCAGCUGGUGGCCUCACCCUGGAAGGCCAGAUGAUACGUUUGCUCAUGCGCGCGAUUGCAGACAGCAAGGGCGCCACGCCGAGGAAGGAGAAUCUCCUCACCGGAUACACGGCCUUCAUGCAGGAGAGUAGCCACGGAGAUACCUGGGUGUCGAAGUACCACCGUGAGUUCUUCAUGCAGCUGCAGAAAGGGACACCCACGGGAGAAUGCGCAGCAAGAGGCGACCCGGUCGAAACGAUGGAGAUGCUAAGCGCUCAGGUCCCGACCUUCCUGGCCUGCUUGGGUGGGUCUGAGGAGGAGGACUGCCGUCGCAUCCUCGCCUGUAUUUCCGCCCUCCGAAAUCCGGGAACUGCGGCGCCAAAGGCUGUGCGUCUUCUCAGAGGCGCUUUCUGCCAAGUCUUCUCCGGGCGGCCCUUGGAACAGGUGGCGGAGUGGCUUGCGGCCGCACUGCUUCCGGGACAGGCGAGUCUUGCCUCGCUGCUUCAGGGGCGAAAGGAUCCGAUGGCCUCAACAAGCAUUGAGGAGUGCUUCCCCUCCAUGAUGCACUACCUCUUCAGGUAUGGCAGAUCUUAUGAGGAGCUGCUGCUAGCCCAAACCAAUGUGGGCGGCGAAAACGUACACCGAGGAGCUCUGCUGGGUGCCUUGGCCGGUGCCGCAGUGGGGCUCCAGGGGCUUCCAAGCGUUGGCCGAUGUCAAAGUGAUCGAGGCCGAGGUGGAGUCGUUCGUGAGUGCGGUCUGCAGCGCCGCAGACUCACCGAAAUCAGCCGAUGCAGCUUGAUUGAUGCGGACAAGGACGAGCGGGGCCCUCGUGGAACAAGACUCGCGUGGUCACGUCGGAGGACGCUGCUCUCGGUGAAGCGCGGACUCGCCGGACCGGUGGCAAAGCUGCUGCACC